AUGCAUGGUACAGCGCCAGCGACUCGUAUGGGCCUACUUCUGGUAACAUCUCACCAAAUGAGUGACCUCUCUCCGGAGCUGGGUCCGCCGCCGACUGGCCAAGCAUCUUUCCCGACUUCACGACGAAGCUUUUGCUUUGCUUUCAUCCAAGUUCAUACACCCACACUUGUCACGACCGACGCCGCAUCGCUCGCUGCCGCCGUCGAACUCCAAUACUACACGCCUGUGCACACAACGCAGCGGAACUCCAUGCGCAAAUCCUCCCGCAUCAUGGCACAGCCAGCCAUCAUCGCACCGCCACGCAUCGUCAACAAACCCAAACCCGUCGUCGGCGCCUCUUGUGGUCACAAAUGCGAGGACAAAGCGGCAUGCAGUCACAAGUGCUGUCAAGUACCGCUCAUCCUCGCCGCCUGGCCGUCGUGUGACGACUUCAUCAACUCGCCUCCCGUACUCGUCUGCCUGCUGGAAUCCUUGCCAGUAGAGGAUCUGUUCCGCCUUCGACAUGUCAACAAGACUUGGAAGGACACCAUCGAGACAUCUACAGCCUUCCGCCAGGCUGCGUUCCUCGAAUCCGAGCCGACGGGCGAGACUUUUCAUGCUUCCAUCAAAGAAGCACUGCUUGAACCCGUGUCAAAAUAUCAGCAGACGGACGCACAACGCUUCUGGGGCGUGAAGGAGUAUGAUGUCAUCGAUGCGCCUUCUCGCCAGGUCCGAAUCAACCCAUUCCUCUUCGCAACCUCUCCCUGCUGGUACCGCAAUGACCUGCGCUAUCCAGAGCCUGAGAACUUCUCCCCAGAUGGUGCGCCGCUCUGGACUUCCCUGGUACCAAAGUUCGAUGCCAUCCGCGACGUGGACGACAAAUCCUCUUGCAUGGAGAUGUUCCUCACGCAGCCGCCAGUGAAAGAGGUCAUUGUGGACAUUCAUCAGCGGGCCACGCACAUCGCAUAUGGGUGGGUGGAGGAACAUACGGUCCCGCUCUUGCUCUCGACGGACGGCGAUGGAUUCCGCUACCGUGACCUCCACAAAUGGCUGAAUAGCUUCAGGGGGCUGGCGGGCUUUGAGAAGGUCGAGAUCAUCGACGGGCCAGGCAUCAUUCACAUUCCGAGGUGCGAGGCGAUUGGAGAGCAUGUCAUGCCAAGAGCCCAGCGAAAGAAGCGCUGA